UGCACCAUUACUCUUCAACCACUCACUCUAAUUCAAAACUUCAAAGUAGAAUGAUUUUAGGAUUCUGGGGACUGACCGUCUUUCCUAAUAAGACCUACACCCAACGUGUUGACGACUCGUUCAAGUUGUCCAUGGCUGCUCUGGAUGAAGAAGCAAAGCCAGGACGUACAUCUGUCCGCGUUACAGUAGAUACGAAGACAUUCGUCCUUUGCUCCUUGAUCACUGGCCAGACUGAGCAGCAGAACUUGGAUUUGGUUUUUACUGAAGGCGAGGAUAUUACUUUCUCUGUGUCCGGCGAUAAUGCGGUUCAUUUAUCUGGGAAUUAUCUUCCUGAGGAUGGUAUGGACUACAGCGAGGACGACAUGGAUGAUAUUGAUGAUGAUGAAGAUGAUGAUGUCGGCGGCAAUGUUAUCGUUACUAAAGGCACUAAGCGGAUUGCAGACUAUAUUAACGAGGAUGAAGAUGAGGACUCAGAAGACGAUCCUGACUUUACUGGAGAAGAUUCAGAAGAUGAUGAGGAUGAGGACUCUGAUGAGGAUGGGGACAAUGAUAAUGAAGACGGAGAUGAGGACGAGCAUGAGGGAGACGAGGAAGAUGAGGAGGAGGAGGAGGAGGAGGAUGAAGAGGAGGAUGAAGAGGAGGAUGAGGAGGAAAAGAAGCAAGAGAAGGCCCCAGUUGUUAAGAAACAGGAAUCAGUGAAUGCACCGGCGGCAAAGAAGCAAAAGCUUUCUGAGGAUAAGGCUGCCCCUAUUAAAGUAAAAGAGGAACCAAAGAAGGCGGAAGAGCAGCCCAAGAAGAAGGAGGCUAAGAAGGACAACAUCAAGACCCUCCCUAGCGGGCUAAUUAUUGAAGAUGUCAAGGUCGGAGAUGGAGCCCGUGCCAAGGCAGGCAAGAAGAUUGGCAUGCGAUAUAUUGGACGUCUUACGAAUGGCAAAGUCUUUGACAAGAACACUACUGGAAAGCCCUUUACAUUCAAAUUAGGAGGCGGCGAGGUUAUCAAAGGAUGGGAUAUUGGUAUCCAAGGCAUGCAACUUGGUGGUGAACGUCGUCUGACUAUUCCACCGGCUCUAGCAUAUGGCUCGCAGGGUGCUCCUCCAGAUAUUCCUCGUAAUGCCACCUUAGUCUUUGAGGUCAAGCUUGUGAGCGUGAAGUAAAGAGAAAGGCGAGCAAAAUGUGCAAGGCAUUGACUUGCACAAACCUAUGCAGCUUAUAAACGUACAAUGCCACAAU